CGGGCUGAGAGGGGGUUAGCUGUUUAUUUUACGAUGCUGCCGCGAGAUUAGAGAAAGUUUAUAAAAAGCCCUCAGCAAUUAGCAUUUAGCAGCAGUCGGAGAAGCAGUUAAGUGCAAAGCAGCGCGCCGUCGAGAGCAACAAGUGGAUGCCCCAAGCCCCAGUCGGUCCCGGGCCAGUGUAAACAGUUCCAAAGUCAAGCCACAACAUCCCAGGCGAUCUGACGAUAAUGCCCGAUAGCCAUACGGGGGACUUACGUAGCCGCCGGAACGGCAAUAUCGCACUUAUUGCCGAGGAACAGACUCCCAGCAGACGUAGUCAGACAACCGGCGACAAUACCCAGCGGACCAUCAAAAUGUCAGCAGCCAAGGAAGGUCAAGAAUCCACGGCCAACAAGCGCACCCUCAGCGAGAGUUCCGCUGAGGACGUUGGACACACAGCGACUCAGAGCAACGGUGACGGAAUGUGGCGCAACGAGCUCUCCAUGAAUGCAGACAGUAGCUCCGCACAGCCGGAGAAGCGGAGUCCUAGUCCUGGUCACGCCAACCGAAAGCUCAGUGAUGCAGUUGAUGUGGUUCUCCGCAUAGUCCUCGUCUUGAUCUUUUUUAAGCUGGAGACGAUGACGGCAUUCAAGCGGGAAAUCCAUGAAGAGGAACUCUGGCUGUACAAGAAUCCCAGAAGACCGGACAUUGUCAAGGGCGGGGAGCUGCUCUUCUGGGUGAUAGUGGCCCCGUUUUUGGUCACCCUCGCCUUCUACUGGUUUACCAAGGACAGGCGGGACUUUCGAGCCGCCAGCUGGGCCUGGACUCUGGCACUGUGCAUGAACGGCAUACCGACGAGCAUCCUGAAGAUAACUGUGGGUCGGCCCAGACCAGACUACUUCUACCGCUGCUUUCCCGACGGUGUUAUGGUUCUAAACACUACGUCGACCGGGUUGGACACAUCCAUCCUGGACUUUAAUUGCACUGGCCUUGCGGGAGACAUAAACGAAGGGCGCAAGAGUUUCCCCAGCGGCCACUCCUCGUUCGCCUUUGCCAGUUUCGGUUUCAUCGCCUAUUAUAUUGGCGCCAAGCUGCACGCCUUUGAUGCCCGAGGACGCGGGCACACUUGGCGGCUGUGCAUUGCUGUGAUUCCCCUGCUGAUCGCCCUGCUAGUGGCAGUUAGUCGGACGUGCGACUACCAUCACCACUGGCAGGAUGUUACCUUCGGAGGUCUGCUUGGCCUGUUUGCAGGCUACGCCAGCUACAGGCAGUACUAUCCCUCCAUCUUUGGGCUUGAAGCCGGCACCCCCCUGACCCGGUGGCCCAGGAGAGAGGGAGUCCAGUACCAAAGGCUGGCAGGGAAGGAGGAGGAUAAGGACCAAGUAGGCGACACGGUGCGACGGCCUCUCCUCGGGGGCAAGGACUCAUCCAAAUGGUACUAAAAGCUUUACGUAUUACAUAGUCAAUUACCGCUUUCCCCUCUAGGCUCUAGCUCUUAUUAACUUAUCAAAGCCAUCGCUGGCGUAGCUUCCAUUUUACAUGUAUGUGCAUCCUAUUUGUUGUGCUGUUGGGUUACCUCGUAAAGGGUAGGGUUAGUUGUUACGUCUCUUCAAUAAAAAGCUGUCAGCACAUCGA